AUGAAUGAUUUACUAAGGAAAAGCUAGCAAUUUAUCAUUGCAAAAUUCUCAUCAGCUGACAAAAUCCUACAAAAAGCUGCUUCUUGAAGGAGAGCUCUUAACCUCAGCUGUUAAAAGCUGAAAUAUUCCAAGCAGGAGAAGAGCUUUGUUUCUCUCUGUUUCUUAAAAGAGGGACUCAGAAGGGAACCACUUCUUCAUUGUUGUGCCGGCAGUCCCAGCAAUGCAGCCAUCAGAGAAAUACCUGUUCAAAUACAAAGGAUUUUCUUUCCAACCAGACCUGGUUACAGUGGAGGUCCUAGAUUCACUGGAGGAUUUUGAAAUCAGAGACAGUGAUGUAUUUUUAGUCACUUAUCCAAAAUCAGGUACUAUAUGGACUCAAAACAUUUUGAGCUUGAUUUGUCAUGAAGGUCAUCGGGAUGGAACUGAAAACAUAGACUUACUAGACAGAGUUCCAUGGGUGGAGUACAAUAUCCGCAAUAUGGAUUACAUCAGUCGCGUAUCACCUCGUCUCUUUGCAAGUCAUUUGCCCUACUAUUUAGUCCCGAAGGGAUUAAGGAAUGGAAGAACAAAAGUUAUUUACGUGUCCAGAAACCCAAAGGAUGUUUUGGUCUCCUAUUACCAUUUUGCCAAAUUUUCAACUAAAGUAGAAGAAGUAGAAGACUUUGGAAUUUUCAUGGAGAGGUUUAUAUCUGGAAAUGUACUUGCUAGUUUAUGGCUAGACCACAUAGAAGGCUGGUACGCUCACAGGGAUGACUUCAAUAUUCUGUUCCUUACCUAUGAGGAAAUGAAGAAGGAUCUGAGAAGCACUGUACUGAAAAUAUGCAACUUCCUAGGAAAGAGGCUGACUGAAAAGGAGGUGGAUACUGUUGUGAAUAAGGCUACUUUUGAUAAAAUGAAACUGGAUCAGAGAGCAAACUAUGAGUUCAUGCCUUCUGAUAUCUUAGAUCACUCUAAAGGAACUUUUCUUCGGAAAGGUACUAUUGGAGACUGGAAAAACAUUAUGACUGUUGCACAGAAUGAAAGAUUUGACAGUGUUUUUAAGGAGAGAAUGGAAAAGCUGCCCAUCAAGUUUUGUUGGGACAUCAGUGAUGAACUAUGAGUCUGCUUCCAGCUUCAAAACAUAAAAUAAUAUGCAGUGUAUACAUAUGAUCUGUACUUUUUAUUAGCCCAGGUGGCAAAACACCAACUGAGAGCAGUUGUGUGUAGCACCAUGGCCACCUAAUCCUGAAAUAACUGAACUAUAUAUUUUUAAAUAUUCUACUAUUACAUAUCGAACGCCCACUUCCUCUAGGGAGUUUUGGACAGUGAGCUUCUGACACCCAUAGUAACUAUCACAUGUGGCAAAUUACAAGAUUUGAGCCACAGACGUUAUGACUUGCAUGUCAUAAAUUCCCAUCAGUGCAAUAACCUUUUUCUUAUGUUCAUAUUUAUCACCCUAAAUAAUCUCUUAUUAAUUGGGUAAGUCCCUUUGGACACAGUUGCAUUUACUUCAAGUGAACAUGCAUAGGAGUAUGUUUGCCUCUUAUUUCGCACUGGGCAACAGUACAUUCACCUCAGUGUAUAUGAAAAAGUGGUUCAGUGGGAGAACUUUCAACUCCCAUCACAAAAAAACACUUUUUGCAGCAAAGCAGUUACAAAAUUCCUACAGGGUUGUAAUUAUUAACCACACUUCAGGGACAUAGCUGGCUGUAGAAAAGAAUGUUAUCCAGAUAGUGAUAUACCCCCAUAAAAUACAUGACAGUUGAUGACAAGACAGUUUGAUGAUGGUUCCUGGUUACACAUACACAGGCAGAGCAAUCCAACUCCUUGGAAGCCAGUGGGAGCAAAGCCUGCAGAGGCAGAGCUGGCAGAAGGGGGGCCACAGCCAGCUGCUGCUCAGAGGCCUCUCGGAGGGGAGGAUACUGGGUGCACCAGGAGGGCACGGCAGAAGGAAAGAAAAUACAUGUUUCCUUCUGUUACCCCUUUUCCCAGCAUACCUGCUGCUGUGAUGGAGGGCCACAGGAGGAAGCUGAAUAGGACCUGGAUAUUGUGUACGUCCCCUGUGGCCCCUCAACACCUCCCCGGAACACCCCUGUUGGAAGCCUUCUGCCAGCUUCCACUGGCUCCCAUUAUGCCAGGCUGGCCUUCCUCAGUGAAUCCCUGGCAGAGCCAGCUGAGCCAGGAUGAGGGGUGUCUGCCAGCAUAGCCCAGCUGAGCCAGGACCCAGCAGGCUCUGCCAGGGAUCCACUAUAUCAAACUGUCCUCAGACCAGCAUAAAUAGCAAUUGGAUUGCGCCCUUAGCACUGAUCCGUGCACCACCUGACACACAUCCCAUCCCUCUCUGUUUGAAUUGCAACCACAAUCAUAAAUUACAGACAUCAUUUUCUAAAGGUUUUCAAAAUGCUUGAUUAAAAAUUGUUAUUUGGAUUCUCCAAAGGGUUUAGUUGCAACAUUUUUGGCGUUUGUAAGUCAGUGCAGAUGGAACAGCCCAGUCCUGUUUCCAGUUGUAGAUAUGGUAGUAUAUCAAUCCCUGCUUCUAAAUAAAAUAGGAUUCUGUUA